GAGAAGGAAAAAUGAUUUCUAUUACAACUUGUGAAAUGCUAGCUAGUAAAUAGUGCUUAAGAUAAUAAAUUGUAGAAGUCUAGUAAACUAUAAAUGUUCAAACCUAUGAUCUGGUUUUGAAUGGCUUUUUCCUUUACUUUGGGUGGAUAUGAUCCCGGGUUUAAAUUCUUUUGUCAAAGAAUAACCAAAUCAAAAGAAUAACCAAAGCAAAAGAAUAACCAAAGCAAAAGCAUAACCAAAACCAAAAAGGGUUGGCAUUUCACGUUGAUGCACAGAGAGACUGGUGGAGGUGCCGAAGGCAAAAACCAAAAGCAUCCCCAAAACGUGUCGUUUGGGUCAAUAGGUCCAAAAACAUGUGCUUUUCCCAAUUUCACACUCAAAACCAAAGCUGGUAAAAGAGAAAAGCCCAAAAAAAGGUUUAAAAAGAUUCAGGAAGAACACUCUAUGUUAUAUCGUUAAAAGUGCGUGAAAGUAAGUCUGGAUAUUUUUCCCUAGGCCUCCUAUGAAGAAAUAAGAUGCUCUGUGGACUCACGCUCCAAUCACGUGCCACCAUAGAAAGGAAGGUCUCCACCACGCUCCACAACGCGCGUAUUGAAUCAAGCAAAAAUUUACCACACCGAUCUUAUAACAUCUACUUUUUUCAUCGUCUGCUUCUGAGAAUCUCAGACAGAGAGAGAGGGAGAGAGAGAGAGGGACAGAGACAGAGUAAGCAAGAAGGAAGAAAGAGAAAUCUGCAAAAACCCCCAAACCCCACAUACCCAAUCAAUCAAUAAGACAGAAAAGAUUUCAAAUUUUUCAUUUUUGGAGAGAAAGGUCAGGCUCUUUUUUUUUUUUUUUUUUUUUUCUUUUUUGGCCCCUUCAAUGGCGGAUUACUUGGAAGAAGAGCAAGAAACAUCAUCACAACAAGAACAACAACAACCACCAGCUGCUUACACGUUUUUUCUAAGAAUUAUGAGCAAAAGGAGAACAUGGGUAUGCAUCUUUGUUCUGGUUUAUGCAAUUAUUUUGCUUUCCUCAUGGAAUUUCAUUAAAUCCGUACUAUCUUGGUACAAAUUACAAUCCCAACCCUCUUCUUCAUCAUCAUCUUCAUAUGGUUGGCCUGCCCUAUAUGCCUCUGUGCUUCUUGGGGCAGUUUUUGGGCUGCUCUCAAUGGUUGCAGCUCUUGCAGUUAUGGUACCUGCGACUUUGGUCACAUGGAUUGCAAUUGUGGUUUUGUUGGCUUUCUUUGGGAAACCCAGGAGGGCUUUGGUUGUGGAAGGGAGGAAAAUUACUAGAGAAAUUGUUGGGUUUGUGAUCAAGAUCUUGUUGAAGGAAGGGAAUUUAGUUGCUGCUGUUUGUGCUGUUUUAGGGUAUUUUGCACUUGUUAGGAAGAGUGGUGAGGUUGAUUGAGGGAUUUUUUUUUUUUUUUUUUUUUGGUUGGUUUGUUGCUAACUUUUGGGUUUUGGAGGGAUGGGGCCCUUGGUUGUACGUUGUUCUUUUGAGGGGCAAAUGAUCAAAUUUGGUAAAGUUUCCUUGUCACUUUGAGACAUUGUUUGGGUUAUUUUGUAUUUUAUUUUAUUUUAUUUUUUGACUUUUAGGUUAGGAAUUAUAAAUGGUAUAUCUUUUAUUUGAGAGCUUUUA